AUAUAAUAGAAUCUUUUCUCUAUGGUCAAAUAUUGAAAAAUACAAAAAAUCUGCAGUGCCGAGUGCGCGAAAUUUUGCGUGUAACUUAUAAGUGUAAUUAUCAUUAUUCUUAAUGUAACAAAUACCCGAUAGAAUCAAGAUUCUUGCACUACAAUUACUGAAAAAAAUCAAAUAAAACAGAGUAGUUGCCACGCAUAUAACCACGUACUUCAUUAAAUUAUUUAACAUAAUGGUGCAUAAAGGCAUUCGUCCUUUAGUUUUUUGCGGACCAUCGGGAUCAGGAAAAAGUACAUUGCUGAAACGCCUUCUCAAAGAAUUUCCCGAUAAAUUUGGAUUCAGCGUGUCGCAUACAACGAGAAAACCUCGACCUGGUGAAAAAGACGGUGUUCAUUAUCAUUUCACAGUUAAAGAUGAGAUGGUUGCUGCUGUUGAAAGGGGAGAAUUUAUAGAAACGACUACAUUCAGUGGCAAUAUGUAUGGAACAAGCAAACGAGCUAUAGAAGAUGUACACCGCACUGGGAAAACUUGCAUACUUGAUAUUGAUAUUGAAGGUGUGAAACAAAUAAAAACCACUGACUUGGAGCCAUUGCUGGUUUUCGUGAUGCCACCCUCUAUUGAAGAACUCGAACGGCGUUUACGAGCUCGUAACACUGAACAAGAGGAUGCUUUAAAGAAGCGAUUGGAAGUUGCCCGUAAAGAGAUUGAAUUUGGUCAAGACCCGAGAAACUGCCAUAUUAUUAUUGUUAAUGACAAUCUGAUUAAAGCUUAUGCUGAACUGCGGGAAUUCGUUGUGAAGAAUGUGAAGGAUGACAAACCAGAAUCCAAUCCAUCACAGGAGUGAGCGAGCAUGCUUGAAAACAACAAAAAAAAUAACAAAGAUUUGUUUGUUACCUUGCCAUUACUAAGAGUUUAUUCUAUGUUGACAUAUGUGUGGUUUGAAUAUUUUUUCUUAACAUAGGAAACUAUAUGAAUUCUAUUUAUCUAACUUAUGAACACACUGCCUCAUUAAUAUAACACAAUGCUAUA